CUCGUCGUUAGUCAUCGUCGCGUUGCCGUUGCGCCGAGAGCGGAUCGCGCACCGACCACCUGUGGCAUUCCACAGUCGUUGGCCACGUUUCGUUCGCAGGUGCCGGAGCAGCGCGAUUAUUCAGGAGAGCCACCGGCGACUUCUCGCAAUUGACGUCUGUAAACAACGAAUAAAAUUGACGGCCGGUCGCGCGAGUGUUUACGAGGUGCUUACAAGUUGAGGCAAGAGCACGUCGCUAUAAUUCGCAGAUGGCCCAGUGCACGGUCCUGGUGAUUGGCAGCGGUGGCAGGGAGCAUGCCAUUUGUUGGAAAUUGUCGCAGUCGCCGUGUGUGAAAGAAAUCUUGGUCGCGCCUGGGAAUACCGGCAUCAAAGAAGUGGAUAAGGUUCAAUUAGUUGAAUUAAAUGUCAAAAAUACUAAGGAAGUCGCCAAAUGGAGCAAGGACAAUAACAUUGAUUUAGUAGUGGUUGGACCGGAGGAUCCCCUUGCUCAGGGAUUAGCGGACGAUCUCAAGGACGUGGGAGUGAAAUGUUUCGGGCCGCAGAAGAAAGCGGCCCAGAUUGAGGCCGAUAAAGAUUGGGCAAAGCAAUUUAUGGACAGAAAUCGUAUUCCCACUGCUAGAUGGCAAGGCUUUACCUCCGCUUGGGAUGCGAAAAAAUUUGUUAAAAGUGCUCCCUUUAAGGCGCUUGUCGUGAAGGCCUCCGGUUUGGCGGCCGGUAAAGGUGUAGUGGUGGCGAAAGAUCAGCAUGAAGCUUGUCAUGCGAUAGACGAAAUGUUAAGUGAUAAGAAAUUUGGAGCUGCUGGUGAGACUAUAGUUGUCGAGGAGCUCUUGGAGGGCGAGGAAGUAUCUGUACUUGCAUUCACAGACGGCAAAACUGUCGUACCCAUGAUGCCGGCACAGGACCACAAGAGAAUCUUUAACGGGGAUACCGGUCCAAACACUGGUGGAAUGGGAGCGUAUUGCCCAUGUCCACUGUUAAACGAAGCGGAAUGCGAAGAGGUGAAAAUAAAUGUUCUUCAGAGAGCUGUCGAUGGACUUAGAAAGGAGAAAAUCCCGUUUGUUGGAGUACUGUAUGCCGGUUUAAUGCUGACUGCAGACGGUCCCAAAGUCUUAGAAUUCAAUUGCAGAUUCGGCGAUCCCGAGACUGAAGUAGUAUUACCGCUGUUGUCGUCGGAUCUGUUUACAAUUAUGAAGGCCUGUUGCGACGGAACUUUAAGCUCGUCUCUCGUUUCCUGGCGCGAAAACGUAUCCGCUGUGGGUGUGAUUUUAGCGUCUCGCGGCUAUCCGGCGUCCUCGUCCAAGGGUCAAGUCAUAACAGGCACCGACGAGGUGUCGCGUAAACAGGACCACUUUGUCUUUCACAGCGGCACGGCCGUUUCGUCAGACGGCGAAUUAGUAACCAACGGCGGAAGAGUUCUUAUCACCGUCAGUAUCGCGCCAACCUUGGCAAUGGCAGCGGCUAGAGCUACCCAAGCUGCUCAGUACGUGUCGUUCGAUGGGAAGCAAUUUAGAACGGAUAUCGCGCAUAAAGGGAUCGCCAGAUCCAUUUUGCAGAAAGGGCAGUUAACGUACGAGAGCAGUGGCGUGAGCAUCGACGCCGGUGAUCAUCUCGUAUCCGCAAUUAAGCCAGCUACUUGCGCCACAAAGCGCGCUGGCACUUUGGGUGCCAUAGGCGGAUUCGGUGGUCUCUUCGAUGUAAAAGCCGCCGGUUACAAGGAUCCUAUUCUUGUGUCGGGCACCGAUGGCGUUGGCACCAAAUUGAAGAUAGCAAUUGAAUGCAAGAAGCACGACACGGUGGGCAUAGACUUGGUAGCUAUGUGCGUGAACGACGUCCUCGCGCACAACGCGGAGCCGCUGUUUUUCCUCGAUUACUUCGCCUGUGGCAAGCUCGACGUUGGAGUGGCCACAAAAGUGAUAAAUGGGAUUACCGAAGGUUGCAAGCAAGCAGGAUGUUCCUUGAUCGGCGGAGAAACGGCUGAAAUGCCAGACAUGUAUCCCGAGGGAGAGUACGACCUGGCGGGCUUCGCGGUGGGCGCGGUCGAAAAGGGCAAUUUGCUGCCUCGCGUGAAUGACAUUAAGGAGGGUGAUGUGAUAAUCGGUCUCCCAUCGAGCGGCGUGCACAGCAAUGGCUUUAGCUUGGUGCGAAAAGUUUUGAAACUCGCGGAUAAGAAAUACUCGGACGUCGCACCUUUCUCAAAGAGCAAUCGAACGAUUGGCGAGGAACUGUUGGAACCAACAAGGAUUUAUGUAAAAAGCGUUAUUCCUGCCUUGCGAACCAACCUGGUAAAGGGAUUCGCGCACAUCACCGGCGGCGGUCUUACGGAAAAUAUUCCAAGAGUUUUACCGGAGAACCUGGGUGCGACGUUAGACGCACAAAAAUGGAAUGUUUUACCAAUCUUUAGCUGGUUAGCUGCAAUUGGCGGAAUAAGUAAGCACGAGAUGCUAAGAACAUUUAACUGCGGAAUCGGCGCGAUCUUGGUCUGCUCCGAGAAGGACAAGGUCGAAGUUUUGGCGAAACUAAAAGACGAAAAUCCUGUGGUUAUCGGAAGCGUGAAAACACAUUACAAUGACCGGGCUAGAGUGCACGUAGAGAACUUUGAAAAGGUCCUCGAGCCGGAGAUGAAACAAUAUAUUCCCAUCUUGGUUGCAACAAUGAGCAAGCCGCUUAAGAGAGUUGGCGUUCUGAUAUCGGGUAGCGGCACAAAUCUCCAGUCGUUGAUUAACGCUACGCAGGAUCCGUCUCAGCACAUUGGAGCGGAAAUCGUCCUGGUGAUUUCCAACAAGCCCGGCGUUGAAGGAUUGAAACGUGCUGAGAGAGCUGGCAUUAGGACAGUGGUAAUUAAGCACACCGAUUAUCCAAGCCGCGAAACUUUCGAUGCCGCCAUGAAUGUGGAGCUUCACGCUGCCGGAGUGGAAAUAGUGUGCCUCGCUGGCUUUAUGCGAAUUCUUUCGGAACAAUUCGUGAAGCAUUGGAAAGGAGCUCUGUUAAACAUACACCCCUCAUUGUUACCUUCUUUCAAAGGCGCGAACGCGCACAAGGAUGUUUUAGCAGCGCGUGUGCGUGUGUCGGGCUGCACUGUACACUUUGUUGAGGUUGACAUAGAUUCAGGAGCUAUCAUUGAGCAGGAAGCGGUGCCCGUCUUUCCAGACGAUGAAGAGAAAACUUUGCAAGAACGCGUGAAGACCGCGGAGCAUCAAGCCUAUCCUCGUGCCUUAAAACAUCUGGCGACUGGUCGUAUAAAACUGAAGGAAGACGGCGCUCUUCACUGGAAUUAUUAGAGAUCGCAUGUACAUACCUAUACAUAUACCGGGUUUAUAAAAAAAAGUACAGAAAUUAUAUUUUUUUAUACUGUUA